CUCCUCACAUUAUAUAUUUAUUGCUACUCCUAGCUAGUACUUUCAGCUCAUGCACUCUAAGCUCAUUCAUCCCCCCCUAUCUUUUAGCCUUAGUCCUUCCACAAUGAAGUUCCUCAGCUGGAUGCAAAAUAAACUUGGUGGAAAACAAGACAACAGAAAACCAAAUACACAUACUACUAAUACUACUACAUAUCUUGCAAAACAAGAGCCUAGAGAAGAAUUCAGCGAUUGGCCUCAUGGUUUACUAGCAAUUGGAACAUUUGGAAAUAAGAGUGAAAUCAAAGAAGACUUAGACGACCAAAAUACACAAGAGGAUCCAUCUUCAUCAGAGGAAAUAGCAGACUUCACUCCUGAAGAAAUUGGGAAUCUACAGAAGGAGUUAACUAAACUCCUGAGACGAAAACCCAAUGUGGAAAAGGAAAUUUCUGAGCUCCCUCUGGACAGAUUUCUUAACUGCCCUUCAAGCUUGGAGGUUGAUAGGAGAAUCAGUAAUGCACUAUGCAGUGAAUCAGAAGAUAAGGAAGAAGAUAUUGAGAAGACACUGAGUGUGAUAAUUGAUAAAUGCAAAGACAUUUGUGCAGAUAAAAGAAAGAAAGCAAUUGGGAAGAAAUCCAUUUCUUUCCUUCUGAAGAAGAUAUUUGUUUGUAGAAGUGGAUUUGCUCCAACACCUAGCCUAAGAGAUACCCUUCAAGAGUCAAGAAUGGAGAAGCUUUUGAGGACAAUGCUUCACAAGAAAAUUUACACCCAAAACUCUUCUCGGUCACCGUUGGUGAAGAAGGGCAUAGAGGAUAAGAAGAUGACAAGGAAGAGGAAUGAGGAUGAAUCAGAUGAGAGAAAUGGUGAUGGCUGUAAAUGGGUCAAGACUGAUUCUGAAUAUAUUGUUCUAGAGAUAUAAAUCUUCCUUCUUAUUUUUACUAGCUCUUUUAGUAGCUGUUCAGAGUCAAGCAAGAAGCCAAAGAUAUAUAUGUAGAUGAUGAUGGAGGGUAGAGACUAGAGAGUGGAGGUCACAUUUUUUAAAUGAAGUUUAUCUGUGAUAUGAACCAAGAAAUGAGUGGUGCAUACUGCAGAGCAGCAUCUCUGUUUUGUUAAUGCUGCUUCCAGUUAUUUUUUCAUGGUUGUGUCUGCGAACGCGGAACAACUCAUGUUGUGGAAAAUCAUACAAUGAAUUAUGAAUUUCUGAUCUGCAAUGGCAAAGCUAGACAUUUUGUACGCUGUACACAAUUUUCAUCCCUUUUUUUACUCCACUUUGUAACAUGCUCUCCUUGUAACAUGUUGGGAAUUAAUGAAUAAUACUUAUUUUUAUACAUA